AUGGGCAACUCCUGCUUCGGCCUCAAGGAACGGCUGAUGAAGCGGCUGCGGCCCCUGCCGACCGUGAUCGUCAUCCGCACCUGCCUGCCCCAGAGAAGGAGCAGAGAUUUCCGCGUGGUGGUGCUCGGCUCGGCCGGCGUGGGCAAGAGCGCGCUGGUGCAAAGGUGGGUGCGCGGCAACUUCCGUGAGGCGUACCUGCCGACCAUCGAAGAUACCUAUCGCCAGGCGCUAGGCUGCAGCCACAAGGCGGGCGCGCUGCACAUCACCGACACCACCGGUGGCCGCCGCUACCGGGGCCUGCAGCGCCUUGCCAUUGCCAGGGGUCAUGCCUUCAUCCUGGUUUAUUCUAUCACCAGGAAGCAAACCCUGGAGGAGCUGAAGCCGCUCUAUGAGCUGAUCCGUCAACUCAAAGGUAACAACCCGCAAAAGUGCCCCGUCAUCCUGGUGGGCAACAAGUGCGAUGAGAGCCGCCGGGAGGUGAGUGAGAAGGAAGGUGCUGCCUAUGCGUGCGAGUGGAAUUGCGCCUUCUUGGAGACCUCGGCCAAGAUGAAUAUCAACGUCCAGGAGCUGUUCCAGUUGCUGAUUAAUUUUGAGAAGAAGCCCGCCGCCGCCGCGGCCCCUGCCGGCACCCAGCCGCCGCAGAAGAAGUCCCAGAUCCCGAAGACCGCCGAGAAGCUGCUGGGCAAGUGCAUCGUCAUGUGA